GAAUGACCCUCCUCCCCGUGCACCUGUGGGAACGUAGUGUUGUUUGUUAGCUAGCUAUACUUGUGGACGUUAUAACAGCGUAGUGCUCUCCAUCCAUGUCUUCCUGAGGGGAAAAAGCCGCUCUACUAUGCGCAAAAGAGCCGACACGACGUUUAUGCCUUACUUUGCAGGAUUUUGGAACGCCAACGGGAUAGACGACGACGUUUCCGCGGAAGACGGAAGCGAGAAUAAAGACAACAUAGAUGAUGGGAAAUAUGAUACUGGUGACGCUAUUGCUACUUUUCCUGCCAACAGAGCUGCUCUCCAUCCAGGUCAUCGUUCCGGAAUCGGAGAGAAGUACAACUUUGUUUGCGUCUGUGAUCCUUCGCUGCGACUUCUCCACUUCUGCAAACCCUCAGGAGGUGACGGUCACCUGGAGAUUCAAAUCCUUCUGUAAAGACCCCGUUCUGGAGUACUACUCCACUGCCUAUCAGGCCGCCUUGCAGCUGGGUCAGGACCCGGCUAACGACUGCCCGGACCGUCAGCGAACAGUCCGCACCGUGCUCCAAAAGAGAGGCCUGAAUGAGCCCACACUGGGUGUGGACUACCGAAACCGCAAGAUUACCGUUCUAAAUAAGGCUGACCUGUCCAUUACUGAAGUAAUGUGGUGGGAUAACGGCGUGUAUUUCUGCACCAUUGACGCUCCUGGCGACACCUCGGGGGACUCUGAUCGAGAAGUGAAACUCGUCGUUUAUCACUGGCUGACAGUGCUGUUAAUCAUCCUGGGCACCCUCCUCCUCAUCAUGCUUCUUGGCAUAUGUUGCUGUCAGUGCUGCCCACAGAAGUGUUGCUGCUAUGUGCGCUGCCCGUGCUGUCCUAGGACGUGCUGCUGCCCAGAAAAAGCUGUGAUGCAACACAGGAUGCUGCGUGAGGCCAAAAGGGCCAUGGUGCCUUGGAUGCACGGCCAGCCCAUUUAUGCUCCCAUCAGCUCCAACAACUCCAUCCAGGGCGUCCCCAUGUUGUAUUCAGGCUCGUAUUCAGAUGCUGGCAAACAGAACUUUGCCAUGGCACCCAUGCAGCUGUCCCCCAUAACCCUGCCACCGCAGCAGCCUGCUCCCCCCCACCACCUGAAUGGCAGCGCUACAGGCAGCGUCCAAAACACAAGACAUGUGUUGGACUACCUAGAGAACCAGGUGAGGGGGCUGGAUGUUGCAGUGCCCCAGAUGCCAAUUCACCCUGUCCAAAACAUGCACCAGUUACCAGCUCAGCCCCCGCCACCCCCUCCUGUUGUCCCCUACACCCCCGGGCCGCCCAGUAUGCUGUCGGCCCUGGAUGAGAUGGGCGUAAGGGGGACGGAGAGAAGGGUGAUCACCCUGCCUCCCAUCAUCCAGCGUGUACCCAGCUUCUCCUCACACAAGGGGCCCAGAAGUGGAGAUCAGGCAAGGGGGGGACAGCGCUUCUCCAGCCAGUCCAGCGGGAGCACCAACCCCUCCGGAAGGGACGUUCAACGAAACAGCCGUGGAUACAGAGACAUCUCUCCACCAAGACGGGGGAUCCUGCGAGACUACAAAGACGACUCCGACUGGGAGGGCAGGCGAGGAAGAACGAGCCAACGUAACUGGAGGGACCAGGGAGGUGGUGGAGGAGGUGGGCCCAGGCCGAGGACACGCAGCCGCGACGACCUGAUGGAGGAGCUACAGAGCAGAACCGCGUGGAGGGAGAGGAGCUACUCCCCUCCGCAACGCAAAGGGUCCUGGAGCUCAGACGAAGAGGACAGCAGGAGGAGAAGGGGGGGUCGAGACAGGGAUUGGCCAGAGAAGCCCCCCAGCUACUCUUCUGUUGAGAGUCAACCCAGACACCCCAACGACCGCAGGAACUACAUCCGUCUUUCCGAUAGAAGCUCCCGUAGCAACACCAGCGUAGUCAUCUGAAGCAUUUCUUUGUUUUCAAACCUUUCCUAAAUGGUGCAAAAUGAAGGCAAGCUGCAUUCUUUACCUGCUUCUCAUUUAAGGAUGAACUUGUUUUUAUUAUUUAGGUAGUUUUAAAAUUACAACGUUAAUGGUUUAUUUUCAUCAAAAUACUGUAUAGUAAGUUGUGUAUUUGUCUUAGUAACUUUGUUAGACUGACGGCCAUGAGAAGUGUGCUAUAAGGACCUUACAGGACUUUGCUGUAACUUUUAAUGUUUUGUUUUGUUGUGUGUUAAUUAUGUGAAUUGUGCAUGUUUUCAGUAAAACUACUAGUACAACCUGUGUAAAAUAAAUAAACGAUGUGCCUGCCAAUGAGGAGUCACUGUAAAAACCAUGUGAACAGCAAAACCAUAAGAAUAAAUUGGAACAACACUACAUCAAGUAGAACUCAAGACGUCCAGCAGAG